CGGUCGCUGGCGUCACGCUGCUGACGUCAUCAGUCGCGCUGUGCAUCCGUCAAUCAGCAACCGCCUCGACUUUUCCUCAUAUUUCUGUCCAAGGGAGUGCGGUAGGGCAGACAGCCCACGCGCUUCGCCCACAUUAAUUCCUUCACGUUUCCAGACGGACGAACCGAUCCUUCAUGGAAAGCAAAAACAAGCGCCCCCGCCGGCACGUCACGGAAAUCGAGGAGGGCGAGACAGCGGCGCCGCUGCCGCGGAAGAGGAGGCCGGAGGGAGGAGACGCCAGAGAUGAUGACAACGAGGAAGGCGAUAGCAGCGGCGGCGGUGGCGGCCGCGCGCAGCGGGCGGUGACGGAGGCGGAGGUGGAGGAGUUCUACGCGAUCGUGCGGAGGGUCCGCGAGGCGCGGCGGCUCGGCGGGAAGGCGAGGAGGACGGAGGAGGAGAUCUGGCAGCCACAGUUCGCGUGGGAGGACUUCCAGUAUCAUGCCGGCUGUAACGCCGACGACGGCAAAAACAAGACCACAGCAGCUGCAGCGUCGGUGGUGGUGGCAGCGGCAGCAGAGGAGGAGAAUAAGAUCGAAAAAGUGUUCGAUUUGAACGUGCAGCCGGCGGCCGGCAUCGGUGACUAUUAACUUUACGACUCCGCCCUCUCUUCGUUGUUGUUUUUUAUUUUUUUUUUUCUUGUAGAGAUGUGUGGAACUUAUCUGAAUUAUAAAUCAUUUCGAAUCA